AUGUCGUCGAACCUGGAUUUACUUGACCUGCGCCCCCAAGCGGACUCCAGCUCGAUGAGAGGGAGUCCGUCCCCCCGACUACCAUCACCGCGCAUCGAGCAUUUCGAUGGCGAGGUGCCGCCUGCCCUGUCUCCUCUCGACGCAUUUGCAGCUCAAGGUCGUCUGCUCUCGCGGCAACUGGGGGAGUCGAUGCGAAGAGACCGGCGAAUGAGUAGACUGCCUCCCCAAAGCGUUGCGCGAUCACUCUCGCAACCCCGCCCUGGGUAUUUCCGUUCGAAGGGUUCGGACAACUCUCAAACCUCGCAAGGAACGGCCCCAAGCGCGGACUCGCCUGCGCGUCUUGCAUAUGAGGAACCCCAGUUCCGGCCGCAGUCUCAACAUCCACGAAUCAGUGGCCUGUCAAUUCCAGCGAUUGGGGGGUCAAGCAACCAACUCUCGGGCGAAUACCUCAGGCAACUGAGGGCAGAAUCACCCGACGAAAACCCCUCAUUGCUACCAAGCGACCUGGGAGCAGGCGGUAGCAAUGCUUCGACAUCCAACUUGAGCAAGUCGCCUUCCAUCUCUCGCGAGUCGUCUUACGACUCUAAUCCACCUACCGUUUCAACUACUUUGGCAUCUCCUGUAUCGCCCAUGCCUCCGUCUCUGUAUUAUUCGAAAUACGGACAACCAGAAAGUUCGGACGACGACUACACUAGUUCUAACGCCGGCUCAACGUUUUCUAAACCACGCAAGCUAUCUUCAGGCAGCGGCAUAUCCAUGCCACAUUCGCCUAUGUCCCCGUUCGUUCGAUCACACCCGAGGUCGCCAUCUGUCAGCUCAGAAGCUUCGAACUAUCUGCCGCGUCCCUCUUUUAAUUUCUCACGACCUCUUAGUCGCUCGAGCACUAGUCUAAGCCUAUCCGCCCCAUCCCCCAUUAUUCCUGGCGAAACACCGCCCUCUGGCCAGGUAGGCUCUAAUACUUCCACGCCUGCUUUGGACAGCCAUCAUCCAUCAAGCGGUAUCCGCAGAGACCAUAAACCAGCACCGAUUGUUCUGGGGAAUGAUCUUAUGUUGGCUAAACACAAUGGCGAGGAACCGCCGUCCUCAGCAGUGUCUUCGUACGUGUAUGCCAAGUAUUCUCUUCCUCGUGGGCGCAUGGUCUCGAGGAAUUCCUUGGUGUUCGAAGGCCUCCAGACACCACAUUUUGAAUGGAAAGAACCUCUUUUUGAACAUUCACCCCGCUCAGAGCGCAACCGAUCGUCAUCUCCAGAAAUGAAAUCCCAUGAAGCGGCAGAGGAUUCCUCUGGCGCCCCGACGCCCAAGCCAGGAAAUCCUUCUGAGAUUCCUACGCGAGUUGAUCCACUUGACACUGUUCCUGUAGCUACAGUGCGCCAAUCUCAUGAAAUAAUUCGAGAAACGGAACCCGCUUAUCAGGACAUACGCCCUGCCUUGCAACGCUCUUACAGUGAGCGUCUCGAUGACACUCACUCAUUAUCAACAGAUUCGGCCAGCACAAUCCGGCCAGUGACUUCGCGAGCUGCAGCUACAGUGAUUGAGCAAACAGCGGAGGAACAUGUUGAAAAAGGCGUUGAGUGCCAUGAAAAGGGCGCGUUGCAGGAGUCUACAUACCAUCUGCGCAUCGCCGCGAAGCAGAACCACCCGACUGGUAUGCUUUUGUAUGCGUUGGCUUGCAGACACGGUUGGGGCAUGCGGCCGAAUCAGCGUGAGGGCGUUCAAUGGCUUCGAAAGGCCGUUGAUUCAGCUGGUUUGGACAUAGAUGAGGGUGAGGAAGCGCCUGUUGGGGGCAAGGAUGCGGCAGCCCGUAAGGCGCGACAGGCGCAGUUCGCCCUGGGCAUUUACGAACUUGGCGUCAGCCAUCUGAAUGGAUGGGGCAUUGAACAAGAUAAGGCUCUGGCUCUUCGGUGCUUUGAAAUUGCGGCACGAUGGGGCGAUGCGGAUGCGCUUGCGGAAGCCGGAUUCUGCUAUGCAGAGGGGAUUGGUUGCAAAAAGAACCUGAAGAAGGCGGCGCAUUAUUAUCGGAUGGCGGAGGCUAAGGGGAUGAGCAUGGUGGGCAAUAGCUGGAUUUACAAGGACAAGUACAUGUCUGAUGAGGAAGACUCGAGACAGUCAAGACAGUCGCGGGGGCGCCAGUCUGGGCCAUCGGACAAGGAGAAGAAGCCGCGCAGCAAGUCUCGCACACGCAGCAUUUUUGCGCGGAAAAAGUCGACUAUAUAG